UUCCGCACACGUGUGGCUCGAUCGUUUUGCCUUUCCUCGUUACGGUCGUCUUCUUCUUCUACACUGUUUCCGCAUAGAUUCCCUCCGUCGCUGUUACUUUCCCCCUGCGACGGCGACCGGCCGUUCGACCUCCUCUCGCGCUUGGCGAAACCCGGUGUAGAGAAGACGCGGACACGCCGGAGCCACCCACCGCCUCCAUGCCGUCGCCGCCGCCGCCGCCGCCGCCGCCUCCCCCUCCCGGCGACGUCGCCGUCCCCCGCGACGGCGGAGGCGGAGGCGCAGGCGAGGACGGCGGCCCGGACCGUCGCGGCGGAUCUGACGACGAGACGAGCCGCUCGCAUUGCGCGGAUGCCCGUCCUCAUCCUCCUCCUCCUAGCUCUUCUUACGGCGAUUUGCUGGGACUCAAUUCGGUUACGUUGACGGACUCCGAGAAGGUCUGGAGGAUCGUCACUGCUUCGGCGAAGGGGUUCUCGAUCGGAGCUGGCCUCAAGGGUGGAUUGGCGCUCUUCUCGGUCCUCGUCAGAUUGAGGCGGAGGAGAUUAUCGGCGUCCAUGAGGAAAGCUGAGCUUUUUUCGAAUAGAGAAGCCAUUGUAAUAGCCUUGAAGGAGACUUUGAGAUAUGGACUUUUUCUAGGAACCUUCGCCGGCACGUUCGUCUCUGUGGACGAAAUUAUUGCUGCUUUGGGAGGGCACCGCAGGACCGGGAAGUGGAGGGCGUUGUUGGCGGGGGCGAUAGCCGGGCCUUCGAUGCUGCUCACGGGACUGAACACUCAGCAUACGAGCUUGGCCAUCUACAUAUUGAUGCGUGCGGCUGUAUUGGCUUCACGGUGCGGGAUUAAAAGCAAGAGAUUUGGGAAAAUCUGCAGGCCUCUUACCUGGAAGCACGGAGACACAUUCCUUAUGUGUCUAUCUUCGUCGCAGAUUCUGUCUGCGUACAUAUUAAAGCAAGAAAGUUUGCCUCCAUCAUAUAAGUCCUUCCUCAACAAACAUGGUGGAAAAGAUGUUGCCAUUUUGCAAGGGGUGAAAGAGAUUGCUUCUGGCAUACCGUUUACGAAUUUGCAGGCUAUAGAAAAGUAUUACAAAUCUACCGGAGUUGAUAUCAAACUUGAUCCAGAGAUGAAGAUUCCCUGCUCGAUGGUACAUGGAAAUCAGUCAUGCAGUGCACAUGCUAUUUCUUUUCUGAUUGAAGCCUAUGUAAGAGCAUUGCCAGUUUAUCUUCCAGUUUAUCUUGUUCCUGCAUUGAUAGUUCAUCGGAAAGGUCUUUUAAAAAGGCCUUACACUAUACUGGGAAAGGGUCUCUUUGGAACUGCAAGAUCAAGCUUGUUUCUAUCAGUUUAUUGUGCAUCUGCCUGGAUGUGGACAUGCAUUCUUUUCAGGAUUUUCAAGAAAUGUAACAUUCCCAUGUUGGCCAUGGGCACGUUGCCUACUGGUCUGGCCUUGGCUAUUGAAAAGAAAAGCAGGCGCAUCGAGAUAUCACUGUACUGCCUUGCACGGGCUAUCGAGAGCUUCUUUACAUGCAUGGCUGAUGUCGGAUAUUUGCCAAAGUCGAGGCGUCUUACCAGAGUCGAUGUGGUCAUUUUUAGCAUAUCGACGGCCAUUAUUAUGCACUGCUACGCACAGGAGAGGGAAGUAUUCCGUUCAAAGUACUUGAACGUUCUCGAUUGGGUGUUCGGCGUGCCUCCUCCUGCUUGUGAAACACCAAGGUGCAAACAAUCAUCCGAAAAUUCAUCUCUUACUCUGACUUGAUAACAGAGCAUAAUUUAUUUGUUUUUUGGUCAAAAACAGAGCAUAACUUAUUCUUUAGGUUCCCUCUCACUUAUUGCCCUCUUGUAGCUUAUGUAUUCUUGUGCUCGAAAGAAGCUAAGGCUCGGGAUGCCGAGAUUCAACCUUUGUGUUUAACUUUUAUCAUAGUGUUAUUAAUUAGGUUAUGGGGUAGCAAAUGACACCAAGUUUUGCCUUGUAACUUCUCCGAACAACUGGAAUUUCUUUCAUAGCUGUUAGAACUAUUCAUAGAGUUUUCAGACAUCACCAACCUUAUGCCUGAAGUAAUACUAGGUGUUCCCGAUUCGAUUGACUUAUCUUUGAGUAGAUCACUAACUUGACUUAUCUGUAGACAUUCUAAUGUAAAUAAAGACAAGUCAAAAUUUUGCAUUGUUUUAGUUGUAUGCA